UACCAGGUUAUAGUCUUUGGUCUGACUCUGUAGCUUUUGCUACUACCGGUUGAGUCUCCAAACAUUCAAUGACUGGUUGCAUUUGUCGCUGUGACAUUUUAUGAUAUAAAUAUAAAGCUUAGAAUUUGACUUCCAGCUGAAUAUUAUAGAACUUUUCUGAAUUAGACCAUGUUGACAUUAAAACAAGACCUGUGCUGUCAGACAGAGUGCAUAUGGCUUUUAGUCGCCUCUUACGACAGGCAUGCCUUAUCACGUGUAUAUUCGCAUCUCCCUCGAACCCAGAGUGGGCCCCCCUACUCUCACGGAAAAGAAAGAAUAGGAGAAUGCAACUAACUCCUUCGCUAUCCAGUUUUCGCCGGGCCAAGGCUAAAGCAACUUGGUUUCCAAUCUUUCAAAGAACCCGGUGAAUUGGCUGGGGCAGACAUUAACCAGCUCAAUAUACUUGUGGCUGGCUUUAGGUACUUUAUGGAUAUACGCGGUCUCUGUGAUCCAUACUUAGGAGUUACGGGCAUUAUAACGGCGGAUAAGCGUAAGUAGCAGUUCAAGUGGUAUUAUUCAUGACCUCAUGCAUACCAGCAUAUUUACCUAACAUAAUCUUAUGUUAUGUAUACGGACGGAAUUCACCCUUUUUAGCUAGCAGUUGUUGCAGUCAACGGCUUUUAAUGGUGCGUGGCAAGUAGUUAAUUAUGAUGGAUUCUAAUUGAUCGUUCUGAGUGUAGUUAAAUUAGAUAUCGUUUUGUGAUUUACAUUUACAGCGAAUCCAAAGAAAGGUGUUAUUAUUUACUGCUGCAAAGCUUAACAUUUAUAAUCAAUUAUGUCACACAUAUAUCCAUAUAAAUAUAUAAUAAAUUUUUCGUAUACACGCUCGUACAGUGAUAAGGCAUAAGUUCCAGUGCGUGAAAAGUCAAACAAAGCAAUUCGGCCGGUUUUUGUAGUGCAUUACCGACAUACAUACAUGUACUAUAUACAAGUAUACACAUUCAUGCGGCAUUUCAUGGAAACAUAGAAUGACCAUAUACAUACAUGUGUAUACAUAAAUGAUAUAUAUAAUAUAUAUAUAGUGUGUAUGUCUAUUUUUUCUCGUAAUUGUUUCGAAACUGGCUGCUAUCCGCGCAAAACCACGAGCGCCAUGGGGAAUGUGGGAAACAUGCGACUAUUUAUUUAGUGAAUAAGAAAAAUAAAAAGAAGAAAUUUAUAGAUUUGAUAUCAAUUCAAAUAAUUAUAUUAUGGCAAACUGAAUGCGGAGAAUACUUUUAAGUAAGGUAUAUGCCAGCAGAAUUAAGAGGAAACUUUUGAUUAAAACAAUGGCCUAAUAACGGUUGAGUGGUAGAACGAUGUUAUAUACUCAGGUGUAACUCUAAGAAAACAGAGCUUAAAUGAGACUAAGGAACAGUGCAAGCCUACAAAUCUCUGCUUCAAAUAACAGAAUUCUUUUGAACUUGAGUUUAUGCAGAGAGCAUCAAAGCGCCUUCUCGCUAGCGAUAAUAUAUGACAGUUCAGAGCAUAAAACUACACUCAGUAUACUCACCAUGCGUAAUGUGUUUGCUGGGUUAUUGCGAAUUCUUUUGCAAAUACUCGGACUUGCCAUUGCACAAUUUCCUUAUCUACAGUAGGAUAUAAUUUUCUGUAUGCCGACAGCCUAUUUAUGUUUAUAAAUAUAAUAACUUAACCGAUUAUUCAUUGUCAGUUGUAUAGAGUAUAAAGACCGCAUCGCAUCGCCGACGUUAUCAAUUCGCAAUUUAUGGUUUGCGUUUCGCAGAAUUUUCAAUUCCGUCGUGCUGUGCGCUUGCACUUAGCUCUCUUAGUUAUUGUUCUUACUAAAUAAGUUUUCACUCGUAAAAGGCUUUGCUAUUGAACAGUUGCUCGUUAGCCGGUGAACUGAAAGAAUGUCUGCGUUUGCAAUUUUAAUAGCCGUGCUGUUGGCGUUGCUCUCUUUUAUUUACUAUUUGCUGCAACGGCGCAUGAAUUAUUGGCGCUACCGAGGCAUACCGCACGAUGCGCCACACUUUUUCGCCGGCAACUUGAAGGGCUUGAUGAAAACGCGCAGUUUCGCCGAAAUUCUGCGUGAAAUAUACACACAUCAUCGCGGUUCGGGUCCUUUCUGCGGCUAUUAUUUGUUUCAACGCCCCGCGGUUUUGGUGUUGGAUCGAGCGCUCAUCAAAAACAUACUCAUCAAGGAUUUCAGUAAUUUUGCCGAUCGCGGCAUCUUCCACAACGAAAAGGAUGACCCGCUCACCGGCCAUCUCUUUCGUUUGGAUGGCAAACAAUGGCGCGGAUUGCGUACUAAGCUGACACCGACAUUCACUUCGGGCAAAAUGAAAUUCAUGUUUCCCACCAUAUUGAAGGUGGCCGAUCAGCUGAUGGUCGCCGUUGAGAAGCGCUUGGCCAGCGACGAGCAUGUGUGGGACUGGAAGGAGAUGAUGGCAUGUUUCACCACCGAUGUGAUUGGCAACUGCGCUUUUGGCAUAGAAUGCAAUAGCCUGCAGGACCCCAAUGCGGAGUUUCGUGUUAUGGGGCGCAAACUAAUUGGGUCGCGUCGGCAUGGACCAAUCGUUAACGCCUUCAUUAAUAGCUUUCCGGAUAUGGCGCGCCGUCUACGUAUGGCUAUAAUGCCGCAGGAGAUUACAGACUUCUUUUUGCGCGUCGUGCGCGAGAAUAUCGAAUAUCGUGAGCGCAACGGUGUGCACGGCAAUGACUUUAUGAGUAUUUUGAUGGAACUCAAUAAGGGCAAGCACUUGAAGAGCGAAAACGAUCAGUUGCGUCCGUUGAGUGUGAGCGAGAUGACGGCACAGGCAUUUGUGUUUUUCGUUGCCGGCUUUGAGACUUCGUCCACAACAUUAGCAUUCGCGCUGUACGAAUUGGCAUUACAAACCGAUUUACAGGAGCGUCUGCGUAAAGAGAUCGAGGAGACUAUACAGCGGCAUAACGAUGAGUUCACCUAUGAGUGCAUGGAAGACAUGCAGUAUAUGAAACAGGUGCUCUCGGAGACUCAGCGAAAAUAUCCGAUUGCACCGAAUUUGAUGCGCCAAGCGGCUGCUGAUUACGUGGUGCCCGGUCAUCCCAAAUAUGUGAUCAAGAAGGGCAUGAUGGUCACUAUACCCACCAUUGGCAUACACUACGACCCGGAGAUAUAUCCGGAACCCGAGAAAUUCGAUCCGGAACGUUUCUCAGUAGAGGCGGUGAAGUUACGCGACUCCGUCGAUUGGCUGCCCUUCGGCGACGGUCCGCGCAAUUGUAUUGGCAUGCGCUUUGGCCAAAUGCAGAUGCGCGUCGGCUUAACUUAUUUGCUGCGUCGGUAUAGGUUCACACCUUGCGCCCAGACGCAAAUUCCGAUGGAGUUCCAGAAGACUUUCCCCUUGUUUCCGCAAGACGGCAUACAUCUGAAGGUUCAGCCAAUAUACGUUGUGGCUUUGCUUACGGCGAUGACCUACUUAUUCUGGCGUCGCAUGAAUUACUGGCAGGAACAUGGCAUACCACACGACAAGCCCAGCUAUUUGUAUGGUAGUUUUCGUGGUUUGACCAAGCUAUAUGGCUUCUCGGAGAUCAUACGUUCAAUGUACCAGCGUUAUAAGCACACUGGUCCUUUCUGCGGCUAUUAUUUUUUUCAACGCCCCGCUGUGAUGGUAUUGGACACAGAGCUUGUGAAAAAUAUUCUAAUUAAGGACUUCUCAAACUUCAGUGAUCGUGGUUUAUUCCAUAAUGAGAAAGACGAUCCCUUAACGGGUCAUCUGUUUUUCGUCGAUGGCAAAAAAUGGCAUGUGUUGCAUGGUAAACUCUCAUCGACGUUUACCGAGCGCAAAGUGCGUGGCAUGUUUCCGUGUGUGCGCGAUAUCGCACAGCAAAUGAUCAGCACACUUGAUCAGCUGAUUGAGCGCAACCAAAAUGUUGAAGUCAAAGAGCUGAUGGGUCGUUACACCACCGAUGUGAUUGGCAAAUGUGCUUUGGGCAUUGAAUGCAAUAGUCUGGCGAAUCCAAAUGCUGAGUGUCGUGCAAUUGGGCGACGCAUCUUCACCGACCGGCGUCAUGGUCUCUUAGUGUCUGGCCUUAUACAAGGGUUCCCGCAAUUGGCGCAAAAGCUGCAUAUGGCUACAAUACAUCCGGACAUAGAGAAGUUCUUCAUGCGUUUGGUGCGCGAGAAUGUGGAAUAUCGUGAGAAGUACAAUGUGCAUGGUAAUGACUUCAUGGAAUUACUGAUGGAGCUGAAUAAGGGCGGUAAAUUAAGGUAUGAUAAAAAUGAUGAAUUUAAGGGUCUGACUGUGGAGGAGAUGACAGCGCAAGCGUUUUUCUUCUUUGCUGCAGGUUCCGAAAAGUCAUCAUCGACGCUCUCCUUUACUCUGUAUGAGCUGGCUAUGCAACCCGAGCUGCAGGACCGCCUGCGUUGCGAAAUCAAUGAGACGCUGUGUCAACACGACAACGAAUUGUGCUUUGAGUCCCUAAACGAGAUGGCAUAUAUGAAGCAGGUGAUAGCAGAAACUUUACGUAAGUACCCGAUAUUACCACAUCUGGCGCGUCAAGCUUUGCACGAUUAUGUCGUACCCGGCCAUCCAAAGUACGUUAUACCGGCUGGCACAUUAGUCACUAUACCCGUGGUUGGCAUACAUUAUGAUCCCGACAUAUAUCCCGAUCCAGAAAGAUUCGAUCCAGAGCGCUUCACACCGGAGCUGGUAAAAGCUCGUAACAAGGUUGAGUGGUUACCCUUUGGCGAUGGGCCGCGCAAAUGUAUUGGCUUUCGCUUCGGUCAUAUGGAAAUUCGCGUCGCUCUGACAUUUUUGCUGCAAAAGUAUCGUUUCUCACUGAGCGCACAAACCGUUAUGCCGGUAGAGACACUGAGCUUGUUUAGUCAAAUUUUUAUAUCGAAUGGUGAGAUAGACUACGACGAAAGUGUGGAACGGAAAAUGGCAGUGACAGAAGUCUUGUUGAGCAUUAUUUUGGCGGUCGUUGCCGCGGUCAUUUAUAUAGCGCAUCGUAACUUAACAUAUUGGCAACGGAAAGGCAUCCCGCACGAUUCACCUCAUUGGAUUCAUGGCAAUCUAAAUGGUGUUGCAAAAACUUUGACUGUGGCCGAAGCCUUUACUAAAGUAUACAGACGGCAUUUGGGGUCGGGCCCCUUUUGCGGUCUUUACUUUCUUCAAAUGCCGUCGGUUCUUGUUCUAACGCCGGAGUUGACCAAACAAGUGUUAAUUAAAGACUUUAACAACUUCAGCGAACGUGGCAUGUAUGUCAACGAGAAAGAUGAUCCCCUCACUGGGCAUUUGUUUUUGUUACAAAGUCAGAAAUGGCGCGUAAUGCGCAAUAAACUUACACCCACCUUUACGUCUGGUCAAAUGAAGUUCAUGUUUCCUACUGUGGUUUCGGUGGCUGAGCAAUUCGUUGAAACCUUAAAUGGCGACAUCAAGAAGAGUAACGUAAUUGAGAUCAAGGAUAUUUUAGCACGUUUCACCACUGAUGUAAUCGGAUCUUGUGCUUUUGGCAUAGAGUGUAACAGUCUCAAGAACCCUGAUGCUAUUUUUCGUCAAAUGGGCCGCCGUUUUUUUAGCGAUCGUCGUCAUUCGAAUUUCGUUAAUAGUAUGAUAACGGCCGCUCCGAAUGUGGCACGAAAACUUCAUGUUCGUAUGAUAACGGACUCGAUAAGUGACUUCUUCUUGAAAAUUGUACGCGAAGCAGUUGAUUAUAGAGAGAAAAAGAAUGUGCAGCGUAAUGAUUUUUUGAACAUUCUGAUGGAGCUAAACAAAGGAAAAUUAAAGUUCGGCGAUAAAGUCGAGGAAAAAGGACUUACGUUGGAAGAGAUGACGGCACAAGUAUUUGUCUUUUUUGUAGCUGGCUUCGAGACAUCAUCUUCGACUCUUACAUUUUUACUCUAUGAGUUGGCCCUAAAUCCAGAUAUUCAAAAGCGCCUACGCGAAGAAAUACUAGAGGCGGUUGAAAAUCAUGGCGGUGAGGUGACUUAUGAAUGUGUAAAUUCGAUUGCUUAUAUGAAACAGGUCGUAUCAGAAACACUCCGGAAAUAUCCAAUAGUACCACAUUUGCAGCGUAAGGCUAUGGCCGAUUAUGUUGUGCCUGGACAUCCAAACUAUGUGAUAGAAAAAGAUACAACUGUAUUCAUACCAGUAAUGGCAAUGCAUCAUAAUCCCGAAAUUUACCCGGAUCCGGAAAAAUUCGACCCGGAACGUUUUACACCGGAGGCAAUGAAAACACGAGACUCCAUCAAUUGGCUGCCCUUCGGCGAUGGACCACGUAAUUGUAUCGGCUUGCGUUUUGGUCAAAUGCAGAUACGCGUCGCUCUGACAUACUUAUUACGUAACUUUGAAUUUAGCACCUGUUCGGAGACUGAGAUGCCUUUGGUAUUCGAUCCCAAACAGUUUUUAACCGCUACUAAAAGCGGCAUCUCUCUGAAAGUACAGUCGAUUUAAGGCGUAUUUCUCUUCAGUUUAUAUGAUUAAAGGAAAACUUUCAUUAAACCUUUAAAUUAAAUAUUAAUUGCAUUAAUAUUGUGAUAUCUUUAUAUGAUGUUAUGUGUAUUAAAAGAAAGUUUACGCAUCUCUUCUGAUAAAAAUAUUAGGAAGUAUCAAGCUA